ACAGGGACAGGUGAUCCUCAGCUAUACGUAGUGUGACAAUCGAGCCGAACCUACUCGUUGGGGUCACAUAUCUGUGGUGGGAAAAUACAUCUCCGUUCUGCCUAAAGUUGGGGAGGUGGGACUUGUUCCCCGUCCCCUUGAUUGUUUGUGCCUAUGUCUGUGGAAUGCGAACACUGCUCAUUUUGAUGUUGUACUGGGCUCUGCGCAUGUGCAGGACUUUAGAAUUACUGCACUGAUCAGAAUAAGUUGGAUGUCUUGCUUUUCACUGAAAACCCUUAAUCAUAUCUAAAGCAAAGGGAUGUUGUCAUUCAAGAAGAAGGGUUACUUUGGAAUCUGGUCAUUCCCAGUUAUAAUUGCCAUGGUAUGUGCACAAAGUGUCAAUGAUCCUAGCAAUAUGUCAUUGGUUAAAGAGACGGUUGACAGACUCUUGAAAGGCUAUGACAUCCGACUGAGGCCAGAUUUUGGAGGUCCCCCUGUGGCAGUUGGCAUGAACAUAGACAUUGCCAGCAUAGACAUGGUAUCAGAAGUCAACAUGGAUUAUACACUGACAAUGUACUUUCAACAGGCAUGGCGAGAUAAAAGACUUUCAUAUUCAGUGAUUCCUUUAAAUUUGACCUUGGACAAUAGAGUAGCAGAUCAGCUCUGGGUUCCUGAUACAUACUUCCUGAAUGACAAGAAAUCUUUUGUACACGGUGUUACGGUCAAGAAUAGAAUGAUUCGUUUGCAUCCUGAUGGCACAGUGCUUUAUGGUCUCAGGAUCACUACGACAGCAGCUUGCAUGAUGGACCUUAGAAGAUAUCCACUGGAUGAACAAAACUGUACUUUAGAAAUCGAGAGUUAUGGCUAUACCACAGAUGAUAUCGAAUUUUACUGGCGUGGAGGCAAUCAUGCGGUUACAGGAGUGGACAGGAUUGAAUUGCCACAGUUUUCAAUUGUGGACUACAAGCUUUUAUCAAAAAAUGUGGUUUUCUCUACAGGAUCAUAUCCCAGGUUAUCGCUCAGUUUUAAAUUAAAGAGGAACAUUGGAUACUUCAUCUUGCAAACUUAUAUGCCUUCUAUUUUGAUCACUAUUCUUUCAUGGGUCUCUUUUUGGAUCAACUAUGAUGCUUCAGCUGCCCGUGUUGCUUUAGGAAUUACAACUGUUCUGACUAUGACCACCAUCAACACUCACCUUCGAGAAACACUUCCAAAAAUACCUUAUGUGAAAGCUAUUGAUAUGUACCUCAUGGGGUGCUUCGUUUUCGUGUUCAUGGCUUUGUUGGAAUAUGCGCUGGUCAACUACAUAUUUUUUGGUAGGGGUCCACAACGGCAAAAGAAAGCAGCAGAAAGGGCCGCAAGUGCUAACAACGAACAAAUGAGAAUGGAAGUCAAUAAGAUGGAUCCUCAUGAAAAUAUAUUAUUAAGCACACUUGAAAUAAAAAAUGAGAUGGCAGCAUCUGAAGCAGUUUUGGGCCUUGGGGAUCCAAGAAGCACUAUGCUGGCAUAUGAUACCUCCAGCAUCCAAUACCGAAAAGCAGGUUUAGCCAGACACACCAUUGGAAGGAAUGCUUUAGAACGACAUGUUGUUCAAAAAAAAAGCAGGCUAAGGAGGCGUGCAUCACAGCUAAAAAUAAACAUACCAGACUUGACUGAUGUUAAUGCCAUAGACAGAUGGUCACGCAUGAUCUUUCCAGUGGUGUUUUCUUUUUUCAACAUAGUCUACUGGCUGUAUUAUGUGAACUAAGACCAAUAGCCAUACAGUAGACAUUUCUGUUUUAUUUAUAUGUGACAACUGAAAUGGGGCUUAGAAAAAGUUAUUCAGGAGAUAAGUUAUUUUAAAACACCUUAGUUGCUGGUAAUU